AGGUCCUUACAUAGCAUUGCCAGCCAUGAGUGAGAGAGAGAGACAGAGGAGAUAAUAAGAAUUUGGACAUUCCAUUUUGACCAUUGUUCACAACAAAUCAAGCAUCCACCGUGACCCAACUCUUUUCUCUUUCCUUAACCCCAAUCGGAGCGUCCCCUUCUCCGGCGAUUCUAUGUUCUCUUUCUAGGGUUUUCUUUCUCCGAUCGCCGCUCCACAGAGAUGUCGCGCCAGACGACGUCGUCUGCUUUCACUAAAUCGAAGACCCUCGACAAUAAAUAUAUGCUGGGAGAUGAGAUUGGAAAAGGAGCUUAUGGUCGAGUUUACAAAGGUUUGGACCUGGAGAAUGGAGAUUUUGUUGCCAUUAAACAAGUUUCUUUGGAGAAUAUUGCUCAGGAGGAUCUCAACAUUAUCAUGCAAGAGAUUGAUUUGUUGAAGAAUUUGAACCACAAAAACAUUGUAAAGUAUCUUGGAUCUUCAAAGACAAAAAGUCACCUGCACAUAGUUCUUGAGUAUGUGGAGAAUGGCUCACUUGCAAAUAUUAUCAAGCCAAAUAAAUUUGGACCUUUUCCAGAAUCAUUGGUGGCAGUAUAUAUUGCCCAGGUGUUGGAAGGUUUGGUUUAUCUACACGAACAGGGUGUUAUCCAUCGGGAUAUUAAGGGUGCAAACAUAUUGACAACUAAAGAGGGUCUUGUCAAACUUGCUGAUUUUGGCGUUGCUACAAAAUUAACAGAGGCUGAUGUUAACACUCAUUCAGUUGUUGGAACACCUUACUGGAUGGCCCCAGAGGUUAUAGAAAUGGCUGGGGUUUGUGCAGCUUCUGACAUUUGGAGUGUUGGCUGUACGGUUAUUGAACUUCUUACAUGUGUACCUCCUUAUUAUGAUUUGCAGCCUAUGCCAGCUCUUUUCCGUAUUGUCCAGGAUGAGCAUCCGCCAAUUCCAGAUAGCCUUUCACCUGAUAUUACUGAUUUUUUGCUUCAAUGCUUUAAGAAGGAUGCUAGACAAAGGCCUGAUGCUAAAACUCUGUUGUCUCACCCCUGGAUUCAAAACUGUAGACGUGUCCUGCAGUCUUCUCUUCGCCAUAGUGGAACACUAAGAAAUAUUGAGGAAGAUGAUUCUGCAGAUGCAGAAGUUUCUGGUGGCUAUCAUAAGAGUGCUUAUGAAAACUCUUCUGUGGAGAAAGAGGACUCUGCAAAAGAGCAUACAACUAUGGCUGCUGAUGGCAGCAAAGCUCAUGAAGACAAUGCUGCAGAUUCUAAUUUUUCCAAUGAACAAACAGAGAAAGCAGAUGAUGCUCCAUCGGAUCAGGUUCUUACUUUAGCCAUUCAUGAGAAGUCAUUUCUACAAGCUGGUUCUAGCAAACUCACUUCUAACAGAGAAGUGGUUAAUUCCGAGUCUACUGGCAAUCAUGAAAUUUCUAAUGCUAAAGACCUUCAUGAAGUUGUGAUGAAUGGAGAAGGUGGAUCUCCACAAUCAAGAGGAAUGGCUAGCAAGGUUGGAGGGAAAGACAGUUCUGUAAACAAUGGCAACAAAUCAUUUGCUUUUGGGCCAAGAGGUCAAGAUAAUGGUCCCCUUAAGAAGGCAAUGAAGAUGCCAAUCACUGUGGAAGGAAAUGAGCUGAGUAGAUUUAGUGACCCGCCAGGAGAUGCCUACUUGGAUGAUUUAUUUCAUCCAUUGGAUAAACAACCUGGGGAGGUUGUAGCAGAGGCGUCCACUUCUACAUCCACUUCACAUAUGACUAAAGGUAAUGCAUCUGCAAUUGAUGGUGUGAAAAAUGACUUGGCUAAAGAGUUGAGAGCUACAAUUGCUCGAAAGCAAUGGGAGAAGGAAAGUGAAAUUGGACAGGCAAACAAUGGCGGGAAUCUUUUGCACCGAGUGAUGAUAGGCGUUCUAAAAGAUGAUGUGAUUGAUAUAGAUGGUUUGCAGGUCUUCGACGAAAAACUUCCUGGAGAGAACCUUUUUCCUUUGCAGGCUGUUGAGUUCAGCAAACUAGUGGGUUCAUUAAAACCAGAGGAAUCAGAAGACAUGAUUGUUUCUGCAUGUCAGAAACUUAUUGGUAUAUUUCACCAACGUCCAGAGCAGAAGAUUGUUUUUGUUACCCAGCAUGGCUUACUUCCUCUGACAGAUUUGCUAGAAGUUCCUAAAACACGUAUCAUAUGUUCUGUGCUCCAGCUUAUAAAUCAAAUAGUUAAGGACAACACUGAUUUUCAAGAAAAUGCAUGUCUUGUUGGAUUGAUUCCUGCAGUCACAAGCUUUGCAGUACCUGAUCGUCCUCGAGAGAUUCGGAUGGAAGCAGCUUAUUUUUUACAGCAGCUUUGUCAGUCAAGUUCUUUGACAUUACAAAUGUUUAUAGCUUGCCGCGGAAUACCUGUUUUAGUGGGAUUUCUUGAAGCUGAUUAUGCCAAGUACAGGGAGAUGGUUCAUCUGGCUAUUGAUGGCAUGUGGCAGGUAUUUAAGCUUCAGCAGUCAACGCCUAGAAAUGAUUUUUGCCGGAUAGCUGCUAAGAAUGGAAUACUUCUCAGGCUUAUAAAUACUCUUUAUAGCUUAAAUGAGUCAACUCGAUUAGCUUCUAGCUCUGCUGGGGGUGGAUUUUCAGUUGACGGUUCAGCUCAACGCCCACGAUCUGGUAUCUUGGAUCCCAAUCAUCCUUAUAUCAAUCAGAAUGAGACAAUGCUAUCUUCAGUAGAUCAGCAAGAUCCCCCUAAAGUGAGACGUGCAGUACCUGAUCAUCACUUAGAACCUUCAUCAUCCAAUCCCCGAAGAUCAGAUGCUAACUACCCUGUGGAUGUUGAUAGACCCCAAUCAAGCAAUGCAACAGCUGAUGAGAAGAGUUUGAACCAAGCAUCCAGAGAAUCUUCAGCAGGUGCAUUGAAAGAGCGAGAGAAUAUGGAUCGUUGGAAAACUGAUCCUUCUCAGCCACGUAUUUCUAAUAACAGGACAUCAACUGAUAGGCCACCAAAAUCUACAGAACCAUCAUCAAAUGGGUUAUCAGUAACAGGAACUAUGCACCAAGAGCAAGUUAGGCCUCUUCUUAGCUUGUUGGAUAAAGAGCCCCCAUCUGGACGCUUUUCUGGACAGCUUGAGUAUAUGCGUCAGUUUUCAGGAUUAGAAAGACAUGAAAGUGUACUCCCUUUGUUACAUGCCACUGAAAAGAAAACAAAUGGUGAACUAGACUUUUUAAUGGCAGAAUUUGCAGAUGUUUCUCAACGUGGAAGGGAAAAUGGAAAUCUUGACUCUAGUGCUAGAGUUUCUCAUAAAGUCACUCCCAAGAAAUUAGGAACUUUGGGUUCCAGUGAAGGAGCUGCUUCCACAUCUGGGAUUGCAUCACAGACAGCUUCAGGUGUACUCUCUGGUUCAGGUGUUCUAAAUGCUAGACCAGGUAGUGCUACUUCGUCUGGACUACUUUCCCACAUGGUUUCAUCGCUGAAUGCAGAAGUUGCCAGAGAGUAUCUGGAGAAAGUGGCAGAUCUUCUUCUUGAGUUUGCACAGGCAGACACCACAGUGAAAUCUUAUAUGUGUAGCCAAAGCUUGCUCAGUCGUCUUUUCCAGAUGUUUAAUAGGGUGGAGCCUCCUAUUUUGUUGAAGAUACUGAGGUGUAUUAAUCAUCUGUCAACUGAUCCAAAUUGCUUAGAAAAUCUUCAGCGUGCUGAAGCAAUAAAAUACUUGAUACCAAAUCUUGAACUGAAAGAAGGAUCUCUUGUAUCAGAGAUACAUCACGAGGUCUUGAACGCACUAUUCAAUUUAUGCAAGAUAAAUAAGAGGAGACAAGAACAAGCAGCUGAAAAUGGAAUCAUUCCCCAUUUGAUGCUAUUCAUCACAUCAAAUUCUCCCUUGAAACAGUAUGCAUUGCCUCUGCUAUGUGACAUGGCUCAUGCAUCUCGCAAUUCAAGGGAGCAAUUAAGGGCCCAUGGCGGUUUGGAUGUCUAUUUGAACCUUCUUGAGGAUGAGCUUUGGUCUGUGACAGCACUAGACUCUAUUGCUGUUUGUUUAGCCCACGACAAUGAUAAUAGGAAGGUUGAACAAGCACUGCUGAAAAAGGAUGCAGUUCAGAAGCUUGUGAAGUUCUUCCAAGGCUGUCCAGAGCAGCAUUUUGUACACAUAUUGGAGCCUUUCUUGAAAAUCAUCACAAAAUCUGCAAGGAUCAAUACCACAUUGGCUGUUAAUGGAUUAACACCGCUGCUCAUUGCAAGGCUAGAUCAUCAGGAUGCUAUAGCUCGUCUUAAUUUACUCAGGCUAAUAAAGGCCGUUUAUGAGCAUCACCCUCAGCCCAAGAAAUUGAUUGUGGAGAAUGAUCUACCUGAAAAACUUCAAAACUUGAUAGGGGAACGGAGAGAUGGACAAGUCUUGGUUAAACAGAUGGCUACUUCAUUACUUAAAGCACUACACAUAAACACCGUUUUGUAAAUUUAGAUUUGAAUGGUCAUUUUCUUUUAUGUAUAUUUAUCGGUGUACAUAACUUUGUCUUUUAUUUGGUUUGCUUAUUUUUAUUUCCAGUUUGGUUGAGUGGGAAAAAAAUAGCAUAGGCUGGCGUAUCUCGUUUUGAUUCUUGGAUAAUAUUUUAGCAGAUGGCUAAUUUUGACGGCUUCAAUGGCCGAAAUGUUUUUUUUUUGUCAACUAUAUAUAGCUGUUUUAGUAUGGAUACGAGGUGAAAAAUUCUUCAUGUAUUAGUUUAAAAUCAUCAAUUUGUCAACUAUAUUUAUCGGUGUCCA